AUGGAAGGCACCUUUGCUAGUGAAUCCGAUCUCCGUCAAGGCUAUCAAGGCUGCGACGGCGCAUUUAUCAACAUCGAUGGGUUCAAUUCCGGCGAGAAAACUGAGAUGUACUGGGCAAUCCGCGCUUACGAGCUCGCCCUUGAAGCAGGCAUAAAGUUCUUUGUCUACGGAAACCUGGACUACGGCUAUAAGAAGAGCGGAUACGAUCCAAAGUUCCGCUGCGGUCAUUACGACGGAAAAGGAAGGAUUGCUGAGUGGGUUCUUUACCAAAACCAAUUCAACCAUGACCGUAUGAAGGCCUCAGUUUUAACAUCUGGUCCUUAUAUCGACAUGACUAUUGCAAAUGUGACACCGAUGACGCCGACGGUGGAAGAUGGGAUUGUUACUUGGCGGGUGCCGCUUGGUUCAGGCGCCGUACCCCAUGUCUCGCUCGAGGAUUGUGGGUACUAUGCCCGAUGGCAGUUCGAUAACAUUGAUAAAGCGAAUGGGCUUGACCUUGCAGUUGCAAUUGAACAUGUUCAUUAUGAGGAUCUCGCUCGCGCCUUUAAAAACGUCACAGGCCAUCCGGCGCGCUUCAUCGAUGUGGACAUGGAUACAUACUGGGCGACAGGGCCGAUGAGCAUGGCUGCCAACUUGGGAAGUGGUUACAACUCUGAUCCCAGUGACCCUGCUUUUAUGACGGUCCGACAGAACUUUACCGGAUUUUGGAAUCUGUGGAAGCAUUCUGGUCGUAACCAGGGGAUGAUCAAGAGAGACUACAAGCUGCUUGACGAAAUCCAUCCAAACAGGAUCAGAACUGCCGAGCAGUGGUUUCGCGAGAUGAAUGCCAAGGGAAUCGAUGACGGUAGUGGUUCUUUGUGGGAAAGGAUACAGCCGGAGAAUUUGAAGCCUAUAUUGAAGAUGGGUGAAGAUGGGAUGCAAGGCCGACUCUGA